ACUUUCUUUCCAACAAGCCUCUUUUAAAUCUAUCUCACAAAACAAAUGACUGCCAGUUUUAAACCUUCUCCAAGACCCCACUGAUGUCCCCUAAGUGAGUGUGGGUUGGGUCAACAGGAUUAAAUUUGCUCUGGUACCAAAUGACCUUCCUCAACAUCUUUGAGGCUCUGUUGCAGAUUCUGAUGAGUGAUCUUCUUCUCGGUUCACUUGGGCCUCAGAUACUUCAGAAGAUGGUAUGGUCCCAUGUCUUCCUACAGUCCCAUCUCUCCCUAAAAAAAUGAGCUGACACACUGCUGUUGUCAACCCCCCUCAUCUGGGGAUCUUACCAUAGGAUCAGUGACAAGCACCAUGUGAGAGGUCACCGUCCAUCAUAAGUUCCUGCAUCAUGAAGGAGUUUUGCCUCUGGAUAUUUGUCCUAACAGUGGGUGUUGCUGCUGCCCAGUUUUGCCCCAAAAGAUGCUUGUGCCAGAACCUUGCUCCAUCCUUGGCAAUUCUCUGUGCCAAAACAGGACUGCUGUUUGUCCCUUCAGUGAUAGAUCGUCGAACUGUGGAAUUGAGGCUCACUGACAACUUCAUCACAAUAAUCCGCAGGAAGGAUUUCACCAACAUGACCCGAUUACUCCACCUUACACUCUCAAGAAACACCAUCAGCCACAUCACGCCAUACACCUUUGCCGAUCUGCGAGGACUACGCGCUUUGCACUUGGACAACAACCGUAUAUUAUCGAUGGGAGAUGAGCAGCUCAAGGGACUAAUGAACCUUAGACAUCUUAUCCUUAGCAACAACCAGCUCAACAACAUAUCACCAAAUUCUUUCCACGAUUUUGUGGGUACUUUAGAAGAUCUAGACCUUUCCUACAACAACCUGGCUCAAAUUCCUUGGCAGACAAUAUCCAAACUGACCAAUGUGAACACGUUAAGCCUUGACCACAAUCUUAUUGACUAUGUUCCUGGAGGAGUCUUUACAAACCUACAUAAAUUGGCUAGGCUUGACAUGACUUCCAACAAAUUGAAGACUAUUCCCCCAGAUCCUUUGUUUCUACGCAUUCCUGUCUAUGCAAAGUCCAAAGGGUCACCAUUGUCAUCACUUGUUCUGGGAUUUGGAGGGAAUCCUUUGCAUUGUAAUUGCGAGCUUCUAUGGCUUCGGAGGGUGACUAGGGAGGAUGACCUGGAAACUUGUGCAUCACCAUCCAACCUUCUAGGAAAAUAUUUUUGGAGUAUAUCAGAGGAAGAAUUUAUGUGUGACCCUCCUGUUGUAACCCACCACUCGCUUCACACAGCAGUUAUGGAGGGAGAGGCAGUUGUUCUAAAAUGCAAAGCUGUCGGGGACCCCGAGCCUUCCAUUCACUGGGUGUCACCUGAGGGCAAAGUUGUUUCAAAUUCCUCUAGAGCUGUCUCUUAUGAAAACGGUACACUGGAAAUUUCAAUCACUACCGUAAGAGACACAGGCUUAUUCACUUGCAUUGCAUCCAAUACUGCUGGGGAUGCAACAGGGUCUGUACAGUUAAACGUAAGUCCCUUACCUCAUCCAGCCAAUGCAAGUCAAAGAGCACAAAGACCAGAUAAGGGGCCUUCUGAUAUCCUUACACCAGCUAAGCCUGGAGCUUCCAGUAAUGAUUCUACUGGCCAUCCAGAAAGGAAAGUGAUCACUGCGGAGCUGAGCCAUAACUCUGUCCUCAUCCAGUGGUUUUUAGACAGAAACAUUCCUGGCAUCCGGAUGUACCAGGUGCAGUAUAACAGCUCCGCAGAUGACAGUCUGAUUUACAGAAUGAUCCCUCCAAGUAACAGAAGCUUUCUGGUCAAUGACUUGGCUCCAGGCCGUGAGUAUGACCUCUGUGUGCUGGCUGUCUACGAUGACGGGAUAACCUCUCUGACAGCUACACGAAUGGUGGGAUGUGUCCAGUUCAACACUAAAGAGGAAAGUACUCAGUGUCAGCCAAUCCACACCCAGUUUCUGGGGGGCACCAUGAUCAUCAUCAUUGGAGGGAUCAUUGUGGCUUCUGUUCUGGUCUUCAUCAUCAUCCUGAUGAUCCGAUACAAAGUGUACAGCGGCCAGGAGGAAGAGGGCAAAGCCAGGGUCAGCAAUGUUUAUUCCCAAACCAAUGGGCAGCAAGGCAUGGCCUGUGCCAACUCCUGCGCUAAGCUGGCAGGAGCGCCAGAAGAACUUCCAUUAACCACGGAUUUCACUACUGAAGAGGAGAUGUCACCAAGCACAAAAACAGCACAGAGCACGUGUGACCCAAGGACAAGUGCCACCAAACAAGCUUGCAAAAGUUCUGCAGAGAAGCGACAAUCUUCAGAGUGGACGGACAUCAACAUUUGAUGGAAACUCUACUAAGGAUGAAGAGGCCAUUUGGAUGUGGAGUUGCCGGAAGCCCCAUCGGCCAUCAGACGGUUAAAAGCUGAUUCACUGAGAGAGGUUACAAUGUGGCUGUUUCUUUACCCUCUCAUCUGCUGAUGGAUCGCUGUAACAGACUUGUUUCCAUGGAAAUGAGCUGGAUGAAGUUUCUGAUCCCCCCCCCCCCUUUCAUCCGCUCCAUAUUAUUCUCACAACACGAUCAGUCCCCCCCAACACUUUCUUCUUUAAACCACCUUGGACAGUAACAACCUCAAAACCAUUUCUAAUUCCCACAGAACUACAAGAUGUUUUUUCUAGAUUUUUAUAUAUAAUUUUUGUAAACCACCCAGAUGUUUUGUAAUAAA